AUGACGACGUCUGCUGUGCAAUGCGCCAUGAGACUGGCCGUUGCGCCGGCCCCGCUACAAACCUUCGUAUCAGCGGCGUCGUCGCAAGACGCUGCCACGACGCACCUUCCCAAUGAGAUUUCGCUCGCCCGCCAGAUCAUGCACAAUCUCCAGCACCAGCACUACUGGACUGCCCUGUGCCUUCACACGCACUCGCCCAUCACAAACGACCCUCUGCCCCGUCCCCUCGUCUCUGGCCUACCGCCCCGCCGUCUCUACGUCCACCCCGACGAGCAGGUCGAGCUGCUCAAGAAGGCCGACCGCGAGAGAAAGGCUCGCGCACCCGGUGAGCCUGCUGCUCUUGAGGUCAAGGCCGACCCCGAGCGCGAAUGGAUCCUGCCCACCAGGCUCAAGGAGCAGUGGACUCUGCGCAGGCUGGCUACCGUCUUUGAUGCCAUUGCCAUCAUCCCGCCACACGAGACGGAUACAACAGACACGGCGAGCCCGGCCAACCCAUGGCGGACAACCAAGCGUGUGGUGCUGGCCACGGUCGACACUGAUAGCACCGUCGUCUAUUACAUAGUGCACGAUGGCGUAGUCAAGCCUCGCCAAAACUGA